AUGCCGGAGUCAUCGAUCCUCCUUUCGCCUGCACCCUAUCAUAUAAUCUCCUACGGGACAUUGCUGGGCACGACCUUCUUCCAUUCUUUCGUCAAUGGAUUUGUUCAGUUCAGGGUCCUUACGCGGCCUCAGUUUUCGGCCGUGCAGACGAAGAUAUUCCCAAUCUACUUCUCAAUGCAAUCAGUCAUUCCGGCCAUCCUCAUCCUGACCUUUCCUGGCACCUCUAGGACCUUGGGAAAUCUCACUGGUGUUGCCGGUGUCCUGGAUCCAUCCAACCGCUGGUCGGCGCUGGCACCCUUGGCCACGAUGCUUGGAACCGGACUCGUCAAUCUCCUUGUGCUACUGCCGGCUACUCAAAGAGUCAUGGCCGCGCGCCGUGAUCAAGAGAAGAAAGACGGCAAAAAGUCCUGGGACCCUCCACCGCAUUCUCAGGAAAUGGCAGCGCUCAAUAAAAACUUUGGAAAGCUGCACGGCAUCUCAUCCCUAUUGAAUCUGUCUAAUUUCAUCGCCGCUCUGAUCUACGGCGUCACCCUAUCCGCCCGGUUGCUCUGA